AUGUAUCAUGUUUUGACUAAAAAUACCACAGUAACAGAUCACAACCGCAACCUGCUGGUAGAGACUAUUCGUUCCAUAACAGAGAUCCUCAUAUGGGGGGAUCAGAAUGACAGCUCAGUAUUUGACUUUUUCUUGGAGAAGAAUAUGUUUGUUUUCUUCUUGAACAUCUUGCGUCAGAAAUCUGGUCGUUACGUGUGUGUACAGCUUCUGCAGACUCUGAACAUCCUUUUUGAGAACAUCAGUCAUGAAACAUCGCUGUACUACUUGCUCUCUAAUAACUAUGUAAAUUCUAUUAUUGUCCACAAAUUUGACUUCUCGGAUGAGGAGAUCAUGGCAUAUUACAUAUCGUUUUUGAAUUUUUCCCUGAAACUCAACAAUCAUACCGUACAUUUCUUUUAUAACGAGCACACUAAUGACUUCGCUUUGUACACUGAAGCUAUUAAAUUUUUUAACCACCCAGAAAGCAUGGUCAGGAUUGCUGUUAGGACUAUAACUUUAAAUGUCUACAAAGUGGACAACCAACCUAUGCUGCAUUACAUUAGAGAUAAAACUGCUGUCCCUUAUUUCUCCAACCUCGUUUGGUUUAUUGGAAGCCACGUGAUAGAACUGGAUAACUGUGUGCAGACCGAUGAAGAGCACAGAAAUAGGGGCAAACUGAGUGACCUGGUAGCAGAACAUCUUGAUCAUUUACAUUACCUUAAUGAUAUCCUUAUUAUUAAUUGUGAAUUUUUAAAUGAUGUGCUGACAGACCACUUACUUAAUAGGCUCUUUCUUCCCCUCUAUGUGUAUUCAUUAGUAAAUCAAGAUAAGGGUGGAGAGCGUCCAAAAAUAAGUCUCCAAGUUUCCCUGUAUCUUCUUUCUCAAGUUUUUCUAAUUAUACAUUACGCCCCUUUGGUGAACUCACUGGCUGAAGUUAUACUUAAUGGUGACCUCUCGGUGUUUUCUUCUAAAGUGGAGCAAGAUAUACAGAAAAGCUCAGCAAAGUCAAGUAUCAGAUGUUUCAUAAAACCAACAGAAACACUUGAGCGGUCUCUUGAAAUUAACAAACAGAGAGGGAAGAAGAGGGUGCAGAAAAGACCCAACUAUAAAAAUGUUGGUGAGGAAGACGAAGAGGAGAGAGGAUCUGAAGAUAACCAAGAUGACCUCGAUAAAACUAAAGGUACAGAAGCAAGUUCAAAGGGCAUCAGAACAAGCAGUGAAAAUGAAGAAAUAGAGAUGGUAAUCAUGGAGAGAUGUAAACUGUCAGAAUUGUCUAUCUCUACUGUGACAGAACAGAAUACAACAGAUGAGGAAAAGAGUGCAGCUGCCUCUGGGAGUGAGAUAACAAGCUGGAACAGGCCGUUUCUUGAUAUGGUCUAUAAUGCGCUGGACUGUGCUGAAGAUGAUUACUAUGCCCUCUUUGUGCUCUGUCUUCUAUAUGCAAUGUCACACAACAAAGGAAUUGACCCAGUCAAGCUGGAGAGAAUUCAACUUCCAGCUCAACGUGCUGAAGAGAGAAACUCGUAUAAUCAUGUACUUGCAGAAGGGCUCAUCAGGAUCAUGAAUUAUGCUGCGCAACCAGAUGGAAAAAUCCGUUUGGCAACUUUAGAACUUGGCUGCCUAUUGCUCAAGCAGCUUGUGUUUUCUAAAAAUGGCAGCAUCAUAAAAGAUGUUCACCUUGCUUGCCUUGAGGGUGCAAGGGAAGAAAGUGUUCACCUCCUUCGUCGUUUCUAUAAGGGAGAAGAAAUUUUUCUGGAUAUGUUUGAAGAUGAAUACCGGAGCAUGACAAUUAAACCCAUGAAUGUAGAGUACUUGAUGAUGGAUGCCUCAAUCUUGUUGCCUCCAACGGGGACACCACUGACUGGUAUUGAUUUUGUGAAAAGAUUGCCUUGUGGAGAUGUGGAAAGAACACGAAGAGCAAUCAGAGUUUUCUUUAUGCUCCGUUCACUUUCACUGCACUUGCGAGAUGAACCAGAAACUCAGUUACCACUCACAAGGGAGGAAGAUCUGAUAAAGACAGAUGAUGUUCUUGACUUAAAUAACAGUGAUCUAAUUGCUUGUACAGUCAUAACAAAGGAUGGGGGUCAAGUUCAAAGAUUCCUGGCUGUGGAUAUUUACCAGAUGAGUUUGGUUGAGCCAGAUGUUGCCAGACUUGGAUGGGGAGUAGUUAAAUUUGCAGGCCUUUUGCAGGAUAUGCAGGUGACGGGAGUAGAGGAUGACAGUAGAGCUCUGAACAUAAUAAUUCAUAAGCCUGCUUCAAGUCCUCAUUCCAAGCCCUUCCCUAUACUUCAAGCUACGUUUAUUUUUUCUGAUCACAUUCGCUGCAUUAUUGCAAAACAACGUCUUGCAAAAGGCCGUAUCCAAGCUCGGCGUAUGAAAAUGCAGAGAAUAGCAGCUCUCCUGGAUCUUCCUGUUCAGCCUUCAAGUGAAGUUAUGGGUUUUGGACACAGCUCUGCAGCUACAGCCCAACACCUUCCAUUUAGAUUUUAUGAUCAGUCACGACGUGGUAGCAGUGAUCCUACAGUGCAACGCUCUGUUUUUGCAUCUGUUGACAAAGUUCCGGGCUUUGCUGUAGCCCAGUGUAUAAAUCAGCACAAUCCAUCACCACUUUCAUCACCAUCGCCUUCCAGUGGCAGUGGGAGCACAGGACGCUGUGAUUCAGUGACUGCAAGCUCAACAUCCACUCCUUCUGCUGCACAGAGCCCAUCAGAUGACACUUCAGCUCCAGAGCUGCCUCAGAUGACCAUCUCUGGUCAGCUGGUCGUUUCUGGCCAGACGAUGUUGACUGAUGAAACUCUUUCAGCUGUCUCGAAGUCUAGCAAGAGUGCUGUAAAAAACAGUGACAUAGAAACAGCAAACCUGUCUCCUAGCCUGAUUCCUGCACAGCAGCCCACAAUAUCAUUAAUAACAGAUGACAAUACAGAUGCGCUAAGCGUAGAGUCGCUUACACUGGUGCCACCAGUUGAUCCACACACCAUUCGAACAUUCAGCUGCAUUCCUCAGUCAUCUUUGCAAUCUGAAGUUGAAGUUGGCAAGGUAAAAGAGGUAGAGAAGAAGUCAGAAGAAUGUUCUGACUAAAGCCAGCCUGCAGACUGUGACGAACAGUGA